GUAUUUUACAAGGUGCGGUCGCCAUUUUAUCGUUUCCCAAUUGUGCAUGAUUAUGCCCUUUGUUCAAUAAUCCAGGGGAAAAAAAUAAACAAAACGGCGGCCAUUUUCUUGUGGUCCAUUGAGUCGUAGUUAUCCAGAUUUCAUUCAGACUGCAGUCGGGAAUCUCCAGUCAGAGGACUCGGAGGGUGUUACUGGGGUUCUCUGCGGAGGAAUACAGACAAUUGAGCUGUGAGGAACACAAGUCAUUACUGGAAGUCACAUGAGAAUGAGAUGCGCACUGAUUCGCUGAGGAUGGACAAGGACAGGAGUCACAUGACUGAGAGGAUAGUAAAUCUUUCCCUGGAGAUCAUCUGCUUGAUGAUAGAGAGGAUUACACAGUAGUGAAGAAGACAUCCGGUGAGUGUGAGAAACCCAGUAGCCAUCCCUGUGUGUCAGGAGGAUUGGUCAGGACCCAUCGCCCCAUCACGGUGCCUCCACCUCACUCACUGAUACAUGGGAGAGACAAUGACCAGAAGAUCCUGGAACUCACCAACAAGAUCAUUCAGCUGCUGACUGGAGAGGUUCCUAUAAGGUAUCAGGAUGUCACAGUCUAUCUCUCCAUGGAGGAGUGGGAGUAUAUAGAGGGGCACAAGGAUAUGUACAAGGAUUUGAUGAUGGAGAAUCACCGGCCCCUCACAUCACUGGAUGGACCCAGUAACAGAGAUGCCAUAGAGAGAUGUUUCUAUCCUCUUUAUUCACAGUAUUGCACAGAGGAAAGUAACAGGACUCCACAGGAGGGUCAGGGUAAAGGUCUGACUGAUAAUAAAGCAGAAAAUAUAGAGGGAGAAGAAGAGACGUAUGUGAGGGGUGAUCAGCAGUGUAAGGAGGAGGAAAUCCCUACAGAUAUCAGCACAGUAGAUGGGUGCACAGGCAUGAAUACCUCGAAGGGAGAUCGUAUUGUGUCUCCAGAUUUUAAAAAAGAAGAUAAGAACAUACAACAUUUUCCAGAAGAAAGACGCAUUAUCCUAAAUAUACAUCCGGAACUUCCCAGUGCAGAUAUUUCAUCUGGUCCUUCUAGUCAUGAGGAACCGUCUCCUGAUAAUUCAGAUUUUGCUACACACAGUACAAUUCAUAAAGAUGAAAUGGUAUCAUCCAGUUCUGAGUUUGGUAAGAGUUCUAUGCAUCAGUCAGUUUUUGAUAGACAUCAGACAUCUCGUACAUAUGAGAAGCCAUUUUCAUGCUCUGAGUGUGGGAAAUGUUUUAUACAGAAAUCACAUCUUGUUGUACAUCAGAGACAUCACACAGGUGAGAAACCAUUUACAUGCUCUGCAUGUGGGAAAGGGUUUACAAACAACUCAGAUCUUCUUAGACACCAGAGAUUGCACACAGGUGAGAAACCGUUUUCAUGCUCUGAGUGUGGGAAAUGUUUUAUACAGAAAUCACGUCUUGUUACACAUCAGAGACAUCACACAGGUGAGAAACCAUUUUCAUGCUCUGAGUGUGGGAAAUGUUUUAUACAGAAAUCAUGUCUUGUUACACAUCAGAGACAUCACACAGGUGAGAAACCAUUUUCAUGCUCUGUGUGUGGGAAAUGUUUUAUACAGAAAUCAUAUCUUGUUACACAUCAGAGGACACACACGGGUGAAAAACUAUUUACAUGCUCUGAGUGUGGGAAAUGUUUUACAAAGAAAUCCAGUCUUCUUAACCAUGAGAAACUUCACACAGGUGAGAAACCAUUUUCAUGUUCUGACUGUGGGAAAUGUUUUACGCUUAAUUCAUCUCUUGUGGUACAUCAAAAGAUACACACUGGUGAGAAACCAUUUCCAUGUUCUGAAUGUGGGAAAUGUUUCAGUGAGAAAUCCAAUCUUUCUACACAUCAGAGAAGUCACACAGGUGAGAACCUAUUUUCAUGCUCUGAGUGUGGAAAAUGUUUUACACAGAAAUCCAAUCUUGUUGUACAUCAGAGACAUCACACAGGUGUGAAACCAUUUACAUGCUCUGAGUGUGGGAAAUGUUUUAUACAGAAAUCCCAUCUUGUUAUACAUCAGAGAUAUCACACAGGUGUGAAACCAUUUACUUGCUCUGAAUGUGGGAAAUGCUUUGUACAGAAAUCAUAUCUUGUUAAACAUCAGAGGACACACACAGGUGAGAAAUGAUUUACAUGCUCUGAGUGUGGGAAAUGUUUUACAAAGAACUCAGAUCUUGUUAUACACCAGAGAAGUCACACAGGUGAGAAACCAUUUUCAUGUGGGAAAUGUUUUAUACAUAAAUUAUAUCUUGUUAUACAUCAGAGAUAUCACACAGGUGAGAAACUAUUUACAUGCUCUGAGUGUGGGAAAUGUUUCACAGAUAAUACAACUUUGUGUAGACACCAGAAAGCUCACACGGGAAAAAAUAAGAUUUUAAACCUACCGGUAAAUCUUUUUCUCCUAGUCCGUAGAGGAUGCUGGGGACUCCGUAAGGACCAUGGAGUAUAGACGGGCUCCGCAGGAGACAUGGGCACUAUAAAGAACUUUAGAAUGGGUGUGCACUGGCUCCUCCCUCUAUGCCCCUCCUCCAGACCUCAUUUAGAAAAAUUGUGCCCAGAGGAGACGGACAGUACGAGGAAAGGAAUUUGUUAAUCUAAGGGCAAGAUUCAUACCAGUCCACACCGUAUAACAUGGAAUAUACUAUCCUGUUAACAGUAUGAAACAAAACAGCAACAGUCCGAGACUGAUCAAAACUGUAACAUAACCCUUAUGUAAGCAAUAACUAUAUACAAGUCUUGCAGAAAUAUGUCCGCACUGGGACGGGCGCCCAGCGUCCUCUACGGACUAGGAGAAAAAUAUUUACCGGUAGGUUUAAAAUCUUAUUUUCUCUUACGUCCUAGAGGAUGCUGGGGACUCCGUAAGGACCAUGGGGAUUAUACCAAAGCUCCAGACUGGGCGGGAGAGUGUGGAUGACUCUGCAGCACCGAUUGAGCAAACAUGAGGUCCUCAUCAGCCAGGGUAUCAAACUUGUAGAAUUUUGCAAAAGUGUUUGAACCCGACCAAGUCACCGCUCGGCAAAGCUGUAAUGCCGAGACGCCUCGGGCAGCCGCCCAAGAAGAGCCCACCUUCCUAGUGGAGUGGGCCUUUACCGAAUUUGGUAACUGCAAUCCAGCCAUAGAAUGAACCUGCUGAAUCGUGUUACAUAUCCAGCGAGCUAUAGUCUGCUUAGAAGCAGGAGCGCCAACCUUGUUGGCUGCAUACAGGACAAACAGAGCCUCUGUUUUCCUAACCCGAGCCGUCCUGGCUACAUACAUUUUUAAGGCCCUGACUACAUCCAGGGACUUGGAAUCCUCCAAGUCACUCGUAGCCACCGGUACCACUAUAGGUUGGUUCAUAUGAAACGAAGAAACCACCUUAGGCAAAAAUUGAGGACGAGUCCUCAACUCCGCUCUAUCCACAUGAAAAAUCAGAAAGGGGCUUUUGUGAGACAAAGCCGCCAAGUCAGACACCCGCCUUGCAGACGCCAAGGCCAACAACAUGACCACCUUCCAAGUGAGAAACUUUAAUUCCACUGUUUGAAGGGGCUCAAACCAGUGAGAUUUCAGGAACUGUAACACCACGUUAAGGUCCCAUGGAGGCACAAAAGGAGGCUGCAUGAGCAGCACUCCCUUUACAAAAGUCUGGACUUCUGGGAGAGAAGCCAAUUCCUUCUGAAAGAAAAUCGAUAAGGUCGAAAUCUGUACUUUAAUGGAGCCCAAUUUAAGGCCCAUAUCCACUCCUGUCUGCAGAAAGUGGAGAAAACGGCCCAGAUGGAAAUCUUCCGUAGGAGCAUUCUUAGCCUCACACCAAGAUACAUACUUUCUCCAGAUACGGUGAUAAUGUUUCGCCGUCACCUCCUUCCUAGCCUUUAUCAGAGUAGGGAUGACUUCUUCCGGAAUGCCUUUCCCAGCUAGGAUUCGGUGUUCAACCGCCAUGCCAUCAAACGUAACCGCGGCAAGUCUUGGAACACGCAUGGCCCCUGUUGCAACAGGUCCUCUCUGAGAGGAAGAGGCCAUGGAUCUUCUGUGAGCAUUUCCUGAAGAUCUGAAUACCAGGCUCUAGGCCAAUCUGGAACAAUGAGUAUUGUCCGCACUCUUUUUCGUCUUAUGAUUCUCAAUAUCUUUGAGAUGAGUGGCAGAGGAGGGAACACAUAGACCGACUGAAACACCCAUGGUGUCACCUGCUGCUGCCUGAGGGUCCCUUGACCUGGCACAAUACCUCCGAAGCUUCUCAUUGAGGCGUGAAGCCAUCAUGUCUAUUUGAGGAAGUCCCCAACGAUCUGUUAUCUCUGCAAAAACUCCUUGAUGAAGUCCCCACUCUCCUGGAUGGAGAUCGUGUCUGCUGAGGAAGUCUGCUUCCCAGUUGUCCACACCCGGAAUGAAUACAGCUGACAGAGCGCGUACGUGAUUUUCCGCCCAGCGAAAAAUCCUGGUGGCUUCUGCCAUUGCCACUCUGCUCCUUGUCCCGCCUUGGCAGUUUACAUGAGCCACAGCUGUGACCGUUGUCUGAUGAAUCAGAACCGGUUGGUCGUGAAGGAGAUUCUCCGCUUGACGAAGGCCGUUGUAUACAGCCCUCAAUUCCAGUACAUUGAUGUGUAGACAAGCCUCCUGGCUUGACCAUAUCCCCUGAAAGUUUCUUCCUUGUGUGACUGCUCCCCAUCCUUGGAGGCUCGCAUCCGUGGUCACCAGAACCCAGUCUUGAAUGCCGAACCUGCAACCCUCUAGAAGGUGAGCACUCUGCCGCCACCACAGGAGAGACACCCUGGCCCUGGGGACAGGCUUAUUUUUUGAUGAAGUUGAAGAUGGGACCCGGACCACUUGUCCAGAAGGUCCCACUGAAACGUCCACUCAUGAAACCUGCCGAAGGGGAUUGCCUCGUAGGACGCCACCAUUUUCCCCAGAACUCGAGUGCAUUGAUGGACUGACACUCUUUUCGGUUUUAACAGGUCUCUGACCAUGUUCUGGAAUUCCUGGGCUUUUUCCAUUGGGAGAAAAACCCUCUUUUGUUCCGUGUCCAGAAUCAUGCCCAAGAAAGAUAGCCGAGUCGUUGGAACCAACUGCGACUUUGGAAGAUUUAGAAUCCAGCCAUGCUGCUGCAGCACACUCAGGGAGAGUGACACGCUUUUCAGCAACUGAUCUCUCGAUCUCACUUUUAUCAGGAGAUUGUCCAAGUACGGGAUAAUUGUGACUCCCUGUCGGCGCAGGAGCACCAUCAUUUCCGCCAUUACCUUGGUGAAAAUCCUCAGGGCCGUGGAAAGCCCAAACGGCAACAUCUGAAACUGGUAAUGACAGUCCUGUACAGCGGACCUCAGGUACGCCUGAUGAGGGGGAUAUAUGGGCACAUGAAGGUAUGCAUCCUUUAUGUCUAGAGACACCAUAAAAUCCCCCCCUUCCAAGCUGGAGAUAACCGCCCUGAGCGAUUCCAUCUUGAAUUUGAACUUUUUUAAGUACAGGUUUAGGGAUUUUAAAUUUAGAAUGGGUCUGACCGAACCAUCCAGUUUCGGGACCACAAAUAGGGUUGAGUAGUACCUCUUCCCCUGUUGAACUAGGGGAACCUCGACAACCACUUGUUGUUGACAUAGUUUUUGAAUCGCAGCUAACACUAUCUCCCUGUCUGGGGAAGAAGCUGGUAAAGCCGAUUUGAAAAACCGGCGAGGAGGCACUUCUUCGAAUUCCAGCUUGUAGCCUUGGGAUACAAUUUCCAUUGCCCAAGGAUCCACGUCUGACUGAACCCAGACGUGGCUGAAGAGUCGAAGACGUGCCCCCACCGGGGCGGACUUCCUCAGUGGAGCCCCAGCGUCAUGCAGUGGAUUUAGUAGAAGCCGGGGAGGACUUCUGCUCCUGGGAACUAGCUGUAGCAAGCAGUUUUUUCCCUCUAUCCUUACCUCUGGCGAGGAAGGAAGAACCCCGACCUCUUCUGGACUUAUGCGAUCGAAAGGACUGCAUCUGAUAUUGCGGCCUUUUCUUCUUUUGCUGUGGAGACACGUAAGGUAAAAAGGUAGAUUUACCCGCGGUAGCUGUGGAAACCAGGUCUGCGAGACCUUCCCCAAAUAAAUCCUCACCUUUGUAAGGUAAAACUUCCAUAUGUUUCUUUGAGUCGGCAUCACCAGACCAUUGGCGGGUCCACAGGGCUCGCCUAGCAGAAAUCGCCAUGGCGUUGGCUCUCGAACCUAGCAGACCAACGUCUCUCUGAGCGUCUCUCAUAUACAAGACUGCGUCUUUUAUGUGACCUAAGGUCAAUAAAAUGGUAUCCCUAUCUAGGGUAUCAAAGUCAGCUGACAAGGUAUCAGUCCAAGCUGCUACAGCGCUACAAACCCAAGCUGACGCUAUUGCCGGUCUGAGCAAGGUCCCUGUAUGUGUAUAAAUUGAUUUUAAGGUAGUUUCCUGUCUGCGAUCAGCAGGAUCCUUGAGGGCUGCUGUGUUUUCAAAUAACUCGUUCAGCUCAUGAGAUGGGGGAAAAGUUACCUCAGGUUUCUUUUCUUUAAACAUGUGAACCCUCUUGUCAGGGACAGAGGGGUCAUCCGUGAUAUGGAAAACAUCUUUUAUUGCAAUAAUCAUAUAAUGAAUACUCUUGGCCACCCUUGGGUGUAACCUCGCAUCCUCGUAGUCGACACUGGAGUCAGAUUCCGUGUCGGUAUCAGUGUCUGUUAUUUGGGACAGGGGACGUUUUUGAGACCCUGAAGGGCCCUGUGACACCGUCAAAGCCAUUGAUUGACUACCUGUAUUAUCCCUGGACUCUGCUUUGUCCAAUCUCUUAUGUAACAAAGCCACAUUUGCAUUUAAAACAUUCAGCAUAUCCAUCCAAUCAUGUGUCGGCGUUGCCAACAGAGACACCACAAUCAUCUGCUCCACCUCCUCCUUAAAAGAGCCUUCCGCUUCAGACAUGCCGACACGCGUACCGACACCCCCACGCACUCAGGGAUAUAUCUAUAUGGAGACAGUUUCCCAAUAAGGCCCUUUGGAGAGACAGAGUGAGAGUAUGCCAACACACACCCAGCGCCAACUGACACUGGAAACCAAAUUCCCAUACAAACAGCGCUUUUAUACACAUAUAUAAUAUACACUCACUGCGCCAAUAAAAAAGUGCCCCCCCCCCUCUUUUUUGCCCUCUGUGACCAUGUUCAGCAGAGGAGAGUCCAGGGAGCCAGCUUCUCUGCAUGUGCUGUGGAGAAAAUGGCGCUGGUUAGUGCUGGAGGAUCAAGCCACAGCGGCGGGCUUCGGUCCCGCUCAAAUAAUCAAAAAACUGGCAGGGGUAAAUAAUAUACUGCCUCCGCAGUAUAUGUACAUCUGCCAGUGUCCCUUGAGGCUAUUAAUUGCUGCCCAGGGCGCCCCCCCCUGCGCCCUGCACCCUUACAGUGCCCACUGUUGUGUGUGUGUGGGAGCAAUGGCGCACAGCGUUACCGCUGCGCGUUACCUCACUGAGGAACUGAAGUCUUCUGCCGCCUUUGAAGUCUUCUUUCAUCUGCUACUCACCCGGCUUCUAUCUUCCGGCUCUGUGAGGACGGCGGCGCGGCUCCAGGACGAACGGCGAGGGUGAGACCUGCGUUCCGACCCUCUGGAGCUAAUGGUGUCCAGUAGCCUAAGAAGCAGAGCCUAUCAGUUAAGUAGGUCUGCUUCUCUCCCCUCAGUCCCACGAUGCAGGGAGCCUGUUGCCAGCAGAGCUCCCUGAAAAUAGAAAACCUAACAAAAUUCUUUUUACAGAGAAACUCAGGAGAGCUCCCCUGUAAUGCACCCAGUCUCCUCUGGGCACAGGAUCUAACAGAGGUCUGGAGGAGGGGCAUAGAGGGAGGAGCCAGUGCACACCCAUUCUAAAGUUCUUUAUAGUGCCCAUGUCUCCUGCGUAGCCCGUCUAUACCCCAUGGUCCUUACGGAGUCCCCAGCAUCCUCUAGGACGUAAGAGAAAUAGUUUCAAUGAGCUGAUCUGCAUGAAACGGGGUUGCAUCAAUACUAAAUAUUGUGAAAGCUGUGUAUAUCAUUAAUGUAAAUAAUAAAAGCACGCAUGAAAACAUUUACAAAGUGUGUAUACGCCAAGGUAUAUUAACAUCACUGAGUUAUUGAGGGCUGUUAAACUCUCCAGUGCUAGAUUUCCUUAUAUUCAAUGUAGAACGCACAUGGUUUUUAUAUUUCUCUUGAUUGCAGUUUGAAAUUUUGGAGUGAAAACUGCAGAGAAUCAGUCGCUUGUAAAAGCAGCAUCUUAGUUCGUGUAGCCCACAGUCACACCGUAUAAUAGCAUGUGAUAAUGUUAUUACCAUUAUAGACAUGCAUGUAAUGUAUGUAUAAAUAUUCCCCAUAGCUGUCGGCUGCAUGUCAGCCUGUAAGAUACGGACGUCCUUAUAGGAGACAUACGUGCUGUGACACACCUGGGUGUGGUGCCUAUGGUCUCUGGUAACCCAGACUGUUCUUACACCUUCAUAUCACACCAGAGGAUAUUUAGCUGUAUAAUAUAGUGUUGCUGACUUUAACACAUAAUACAUUGUAUUUUGUGUUAUUAUAAUAACAGGUGCCAGAGAGUCGCCGAUGCCCUAGUUUAGGUCUUCCUCAUGUUAUUGGGACCGGUAGGAGAGAGCCCCACACCCCAGUGUUCUGUCAGAGUCUCCCUAACUCCCAGUAUUCUCUCUUAUCCCCCCCUAAUCCCUCACACUACACAGUUCCUCCCCAGCGCCCAUACUCAUUAGCAGGUCUCCCUGUUACUGGGUAUUGCAGCAAGCGGGGGCUGGGUGAGAGGUACUGAAGAGGGAGGGGCUAUGAUAAUGAAGGUGUGAUGUCACGUAUACAUCAGCGGGUUAGUGCUCGGUGAGUGCUGGAAAUGCAGGGAGUAGCAGACAAGGAAACUGCCCAGUCACCUGGGGAUACAUAAAAAUACAUCCAUAGCCCAUAUAUCCGAUCACAGCAUAACUGAGCCCAGCACACGGUGUAUACUCACAUACAUAACCAUAGUAACUGCACUGCACUGCAAUACCAUUACACAUGGACACCUGACACGCCUGUGAUGCAUGUACACGUGUAACUACAGCACGCAAUCCGUCCUUGCACAGGUAAUGCUCACAGCACAUUGGAUCAGUAACUAUAGCCAUAUAAAUGGUUCAUCUGCCCAUUAUGGUGUACUGUCUAUUAGGCUAGGUAGGGUACAUGGCACUGCCACACUUCCUGUGGGGUCUCACCUGGAGGGGGCAGGAGGGUAACAGAGAGUUUUAAAACUGCAUGUGAUGAUAUUGGAAACAUUUGUCUCUGUGCGUUCCUGGUCCAGCUGGGAAGUCUAUGCUAGCCUCACACACCAGCCGCAGGACACCCGACUAGGUCAUCUCAUGUAGUGUUACUCUGGUUUUUGUCCUAUUUGUUUUAUACUGUAUUUCUGUAUGUAACCAAGCA